AUGGCCACGGUAGUCCCCCCGCCGUCGAAGCGCCAGAAGCGCGAGACCCUCGCGAGGACACAGACGCAGCAGGAUGUCGACGCCGUUGCGCCCGGCCUCGAGGGCUCCUUCAAGGCCCGUUUCGUCGACGGCGACGGCCAGCAGCUCGCCGAGGUGAUCGAGGUGCCCCUCGCCGAUGCGUCGGAAAAGAACCUCACUCUGCUCCUCAACACCCUGCAAGGGAAGGAGAGGGAAGAGUUCCUCCCGUACAAAUUCCGCAUCCACAUCCCCGACACAGACAUCAUAGUCGACACAUACCCCUCGAACCUCCUCGAACUCCUCCGAAGCCAUGGCGUCGCGAACCCCUUCGAGACAACAAUCACCCUCUCCGCCGAGCCCCAGGCCGUCUUCAAAGUCCAGGCCGUAACGCGCAUGGCGCACCGCAUCCCGGGCCACGGCGAGGCCAUCCUCGCCGCCCAGUUCUCCCCCGAGACGUCCAAACGCCUCGCCACCGGCUCCGGCGACAAGACCGCCAGGAUAUGGGACACCGAGACCGGAACGCCCAAGUACACCCUCGCCGGACACGCCGGGUGGGUUCUCUGCGUGGCCUGGUCCGCCGACGGACGCCGUCUCGCGACGGGGAGCAUGGACAAGUCGGUCCGCCUGUGGAACCCGGACAAGGGCGUCGCCGUCGGCCAGCCGCUCACCGGGCACGCCAAGUGGGUGACCAACAUCGCCUGGGAGCCCUACCACCUCUGGCGCGAGGACACCCCGCGCCUCGCCUCCGCCAGCAAGGACGCCACCGUCCGCAUCUGGAUCGUCAACACCGGCAGGACGGAGCACGUCCUCUCCGGCCACAAGUCCAGCGUCAGCUGCGUCAAAUGGGGCGGCACCGGCCUCAUCUACACCGCCUCCCACGACAAGACCGUCAAGGUAUGGGACGCCGUCCAGGGCACCCUCGUGCACACCCUCUCCUCCCACGCGCACUGGGUCAACCACCUCGCCCUCUCCACCGAGUUCGCCCUCCGCACCGGCUUCUUCGAUCACACACCCACUCCCGAAACCGACGACGCGCGCCGGCAAAAGGCCAAGGAACGCUUCGAGAAGGCCGCCAGGGUCCAGGGCAAGGUCGCCGAGCGCCUCGUCUCCGCCAGCGACGACUUCACAAUGUACCUCUGGGACCCCUCCGCCGGCACCAAACCCGUCGCGCGCAUGCUCGGCCACCAGAAGCAGGUCAACCACGUCACCUUCUCGCCCGACGGCACCCUCAUCGCCAGCGCCGGCUGGGACAACCACACCAAGCUCUGGAGCGCCCGCGACGGCAAGUUCAUCAACACCCUCCGCGGCCACGUCGCACCCGUCUACCAGUGCGCCUUCUCCGCCGACUCGCGCCUGCUCGUCACGGGGUCCAAGGACACCACGCUCAAGGUGUGGUCGAUGGCGACCCACAAGAUGGCCGUCGACCUGCCGGGCCACCAGGACGAGGUGUACGCCGUGGACUGGAGUCCGAGGGACGGCGGGCGCGUGGGGAGCGGUGGGAAGGAUAAGGCCGUGAGGUUGUGGUGUAACUGA